UGUAGGAGUUGCAUUGCUGAGAUCUGCUGCGCAAUUCGCACGAUAAGCUGUAGCCAAAAGCUUACAGAACAGAACUUUCAUUGGCUCGAGCCAUGAAAAGAGGCACAUACGUAUCUCGAGCUUGUACUUUUUGCCAGGUCAAAAAGCUGAAAUGUGAUGGCGGCAAGCCUUGUAGCGCUUGCGCUUUGCGAGACCAAGAAUGUGUCACGAAGUCCAAGAAGUCACGAAGGCCACUGCCAGAUUCUCUUCCUCAGCGAUCAAUAGACUCAGAAAACACAAGUCCCACCGCUACGGACGAUCUACAGCAUACACCCGCGCUGACUGAGGAGAUUUCUCAGCUCGAAGAGCGACUUGCGCGUCUCAAGCGGCUAAGUGCGUCCCGCGAUCAAACCCUCUCUCAGUCUCAAACACCUCUGCUCGAAGAUCGUCAUGUACAUUUAGGAGCUGAGCGUUCGAUUGACUCAGGCGAAGGGCUUGCUGCGACUUACCCAGAACACAAAAAUGCUAAUGUGCCAGCUAUGAUUCAAAGCACAUUGAGUAAGGUGAUGAAGACGUCCGAAGUUUGCUCAAGCGUUGAUGAGUGGCCUACCUUGCUGGAAACCUUCUGCGAAGCUGUUCACCCACUCUAUCCUUUCAUCGAAAUUUCUGCAUUAAGAGUGUCUCUUACAGGAUUGCAGCAGCACGUCCAUACUCAGGUCCCACGGGUUGAAGCAACACUCUCAGAAAACAUGCUUGAAUCAUAUGCGCAAGUGUUGGUAUGUCUAGCGCUCGGCCGUUGCACCAUGUACGGCCGAUCGAGUGUGGACUCUGGCCGCUACUCAGCAGGCUGGAGGUUCUAUUGCGCUGCCAUAGAUAUGCUGGGCAAUAUCUUUGAUCCUUGUGUUAGAAGCCGUUGUGGACUAUCCAGAGUGCAAACUUUUACUCUUAUGGGAUUGUAUCUUGUUCGUAUCGACGCUAUUGAUCGAGCUUUCAGCGUCAUCUCCCUGGCUGUCACAGACGCAUAUCGACUAAAACUACACUGUGAGAGCGCACUAAAACUAUUGCCAAAGGCUCUUUCGGAAAAUUGUCGACGCACUUGGUGGAGUCUUUACAUUCUGGAACACCGAAUGGCAUCAUACGCAAACAGACCAAGUCUGAUUCAAGAUGACAUGGUCAACACAGAUCUGCCUGAUCAUCUUUCGAACAUUUGGUCGAAUUACCCAAGCCACCGCCACAAUGCCGUGACCGCAUCGGGAGAAGAGACAGAGGGGAGAGACACUGCCGACGACCAAGUCACGAUACUGUAUCUGAAUGCCAUGAUAGAGCAUUCCAAAAUCUACAGCAAGGUUUGGCGUGAGCUUCAUUUCGAAGACUUGUCAGAUCAACCCAUCAAUCAAGCCACACUCGAGUCUCUGGAAUCUAUGCUGUUUAUGUGGAAACACAAUUUACCCAACGGGCUGAAGUUCAACGCUUCAUUCGCUGAAGAAGAACUACAUAGACCUAUGCGAGCUCGCCGAAGUCGACUUCGCAUUCUCCUACACAUGCGAGAUCUCUGGUUGCGGAUCACCAUUCGAAAACCACUUCGACAGCGCAAAUAUUGGCUUGACAACUUCGAUAACGAAGCAACAUGUGUCAAGCUCGCAGGUCAACUUGUCGAUGCAUCGCCUUUGAUGUCGCCAACCGACAACAUCUUUACGUUUCCCUUUGUUCACUACCUUCUCGGCGCCGCAUCUAUCGUCAUCGGUUUGGCUAGCAAACUACCAGUUUUCAAGAACGAAUGCGGAGCGAUCGCAGUCCAAGCAGCACGAUUGGUCAACACGUUUUGUGAAAGGACAUGGGUCUCGGGACAGAUGGCCAGAUCCAUCGCGAAGCUCAACGAGAUGGUGGUUCAGGCUGUAGGAACAGAUGUGACUGGACUUCCGGAGCCUGGGAGCCGUGAUCAUGCUACAAGCGACAGCCUUGACCAGCCAAGCUCCUCAAAUCAGCCCACGUGCCACGCGCAAUCAAGCACACAACGUCUGGCGAAUCCAGCGCCCACGAGAGAGUCGGACAUUCUUGACAAAGCUCCAAUGAAUUCUUCGGAAACAGCUCUCGAUGACAUCAAUGCGCCGAUGGAUGAUGCUCAGCUCAUGCAAUGGAUGGAAACCGUUCAACCGCUCAUCACGUCCAAUCACCCAUUCGAAAGCUGGGCUUUCAAUAUGCCGGGGGGGUCCGAGUCUGUCAUCAACGGCAUGGAAGACACUGAAUUUCUGAGUGGAGGCUGGUUUGACGUGUCCAGGCUUGGAUGAAGCUCUUGCUUAACUCCCGGGCUUUACACACUUUCGUCCAGGCGGUCUCGUCCGAAGGACUGUAGCUUUGUCUCAGCAGUGCUGCGAAAUUGUGCCAGACUGGGAGCAAGUGUAGCAGUGG